AUGUUGCCGGGUGAGGUGUCUGGUAACUCUUCUCUGCGGAAUUCUGUCGCCAUUGGCAGUCUACCCAUGUUCAAAUCUGAGCGAACCGAGCUCAGCUCUGAUCCUGAUCCACCGGGGGUCAGUUUCUGUCUAGAUCGACAGGAUGAACACAAUUCCAGCGAACCUGUCAAAGCGACCAAGUCGGGGGAAAACUACCCGUCGUACAACCGUGUUAGCGAGACAGCUGUGCAACCGAAGCAAGUGUCCUCUUCCAGCGGUGUCCCUCCUAGACCUGAAGUUCCGGGGAAGUCUGCCUUUACUGGAGAGUUAGAGCAGGAGAUGAUAGCCGCGCUUGGUCUUUCGCCUACAGAUCCUCACCACCGAAGGGCGGCAAGUACACCGAUGUCGUUGAAUGCAUUUAGCCAGGUAAAUGGCGGGAAACGUCAAUUCACACAGCCAAUACCGCAACCAGGAGAGAUCCCAACUGGCAAUCAAUCCGUGCUGUCGAACAAAGCCCCAGUCGUAGAAAAUCGUUUGCCAGUCAUUCCCAAUGAGCCUUUUCACGUACCUUUCCCGUUUACGAACCGCCGGGGGCAUCAGCCAAGCAAGUCCACACCGGAGAUUAUUACCCCGUCGAUCCGUCCAGUGCUUGAUGAAAGUCCUCAACCUCCUCCACCUCCUCCCAAGGACAAUGAUAAUGGGCUUGCACCUAGCCAGGAUUAUAGACGCCAUCCCUCCGUCUCCACACUCGGAGCUGACGAGCAAGCCGGACGUACAUCUGACGAAGAACUUGACAGGGAUCCCCCUUCUCCUUUGCAAGAUGCAGCAAACGAGGUAACCCCAGAACCCCGGUAUAAACCGGUUGAGCAUUCUGUGGAUGACCAGCCAUCUGUUCAAGUGAAGAGAAGGUCUUUCAUACCUUUCUAUUCGUCGGGGUUCGCAAGUUCUGCUGAGGUUCUCGAAGCCAAAAGAAAAUCUAUCAACGGCCCACCUCCAUCUGCUCCAGAUGUGCAAAGCCCCUUGAGAAAUGAAGUCAGAUACUCGCCGGCAAACCGAAGCAGUAUGCUGAGCUUUGGUAGCUUCGGAAAGCGCAGCGCCAAUAGCAAAGGCACUCGCCCGUCCACACCUGCUAACGGUCUUUCACAAGCUUCAAGAUCGGGAUCUCCUGCAGAGAAUGGGGGAUCUACUAUUGGAAAACUGAAGGACUUUGGGAGACGACGACGCGCUUCUGUGGGAGAUCUCCUCUCUGGUAUUCAACCGCAAGGGCCUCAGGCGCCCCCGGGAGGUCAGCGGAAACGGUUCAGCAGAAUUAGCGGACUAUUUGGCCGGCAAGACUCCCACGACCCUGAGAGAAAAUCGAGAGACCACACAAGAACCAUGUCGGAGCAGCUGAAGAACAAAUACUCGCCGACGCACCCGUCGCCAAGUGGAAAUGUGAAUACUAGUCUCGCUACACAGGAUGGACCACCGGUCCUCAGCAAUCCAUUUGACCAAAAGCCUUUGCCGACUCCACGCCCACCCAGCUUGUCAUCCUCUCUGGCGACCAGUCGGUUUUACUCGCAGUUUCAACCUAAAUCCAUGAAUGAAUCCCCGGGGUCUCACCCUGCUGGCACACUCGGCCCGCCUCUCCCAAGUCAUUCCCGGUCACCGUCUCCCAGGUCAUUCUACGAGGAUAGAGUUCCACGUCCACAGUCACCGUUGGAGGAGUUACCAGACCACCAAAUACAUCAACUGCAGGGAGAGGAGCAGCACAAGCAAGGCACCCAAGACCAAAACCAAGAGCAGCGGGACGAUGAGGAAGACAAGGAGCACAUUCAUGGGGGGCCCCUUCGACACGAACUAUACGGGGAUAUAUCCGAGGCGUCAAACCACGGGCAACAACACGAAUUACCAGGCAAUUCCAACCAACAAAGCCUGGCUCCUCGGCUCAGCAUUCAAUCCCAAAAGCCAGCGGUUACAUACUCGGUAUUCCCGGCCUUGGACAACCAUGCAUCCCGCAACAUCGCCAUCUCAGACGCGAUAUCCGCGCAUCCUCAUCGCAGUGAGGACCGGGUCCGUGUAGUCAACAACCCACCUCAGCCAGUAGAGCUUGCCAUCACCGCAGACCGCUCCAGUGAGGAGAUCGUCAUGUCCCCCACGUCCUAUCCCGGACAGGAGUGGAAGCCCGUGCAUUUUUAG